AUGUCGUCGCAGACCAUGACUGCGCCAGCCGUGGGCCAUCGACCGCCUGACCCAGGCCCCGAUAGUCCCCUAUACGACUAUGGCUGCUCACCAGACACUACACCCCCUUCCAAUCCUCGAGACGACUCCGCAAUCCGCGCCAUGCAGAAUAAUUCUGCCCCGUCAACUCCCAACGGCAUGCCCGCCCCGGACGUCGCAAUCAAAACUGAAUGCUCGGACAGCCACGACUUUUCAGCAGCGCAACACCAACAAGAUGCAAACACGCAAAGCGCCGCAAGUGCACUCCUAGCACAGCUUCUUGGCAAUCAACCAGCCGCGAACUCUACACCUACCACGAUACAACCUGUACAACAGGACGAGGACCAGGAUAUUCACAUGGAUAUUAAGAUGGACGACUCAAUCUCCCAGCCAUUUGACAUGGCUGCCCAAAACUCCACGCCCAUCGGCCCGAGCUUGCACCGAGACACGGCCUCAAUAUCUCGUGAGAUUCAGGACUUGCUGAAUGGGAAAGCUUUAGGUGACGAGCUCAUGGGAGCAAAUCCCGCGCACCAGGAUAUGAACCACACAGGAUUCAACCCCGAUGCCAUGGGGACCUUGUCCGACCCCAUGAACCCGAAAUUGAACACCGAGCAACCCUCACUCCUCCCAGCCUUGGAUUUUUCUGCCGCCCCAAAAAAUGCGUUUGACGCCCUCCACCAAAACGAGCUACUCACAGCCGCCUUUCUUUCGCAGAACGCCGAUCUGUCAGCACUGGGAUAUCAAGAUGUGGCGGCCUCAAUUGCUGGAUCGGAGCCUAAGAUUCAAGCAUUCGCCAAGUUGGAGUUUGACGAUGGGCAUUUUUACGUCAAUACCUACUCGUUCAUCCUAGGCCGAGACGUGCGCGCCGCCCGUGCCGCCCAUCACCGAGAGUUCCAGUACCGGCAGGCCGUGCGAAGCACUCGGGCGAAGAGUUCAAGUGGAGGAAACACAUCCCACACCCCGAACCGCAUGAAGCGGGAGGAAAGCGCUGCCAUGAUGGGCAGUGUUGUCAGUGAUCGAGGAGGUAUUAUGGGCUUUGAUCCAGAUAUACCCCCGCAUCUUCCGAACAAUAUGAAUAUGAGCCGACGAUCCUCAAAAUCCUCCUUUGACGAGGCUGUUGUACCAUUGCAUGCAAACCCGGCUCAACUACAAUCGACAACCGACUACAAUGCGCUCGCAAUGCAAUCUUUGCAAGAUGGAAACGGAGACGCAAAGCCCGUUGAUGCGCUGGCUUUGCUCCCAUCCCCUGAUUCUUGUCCCACCAUCCCAAUCCACCCCCCAACGACCGUUGAUGGCAGUGCCGCAGGCCACCGAGGGAUUUCUCGGAGGCAUGUCCGGAUCUCAUACAACUUUGAUCGUAAUUUGUUUGAAAUGGAAGUAAUGGGACGCAACGGAGCGUUCAUUGGGGCUGAUUGGCUAUCACCGGGGCAAGUUCGCCCGUUACACAGCGGCGACUACAUCCAAAUUGGAGGCGUGCGCAUCCGAUUUUUGCUACCAGACGUCCCCAUUGGCGAAACUGGAGCGGACCGGAUGGAAGAAAAAUUGGCAGAAAAGGAAGAAGAGGAAGAAGAGAAAGAUGCUCGUGCUUCGAUCGAAGUGGAUGACGAUCUCGAUGACUCGGAGAGACUUGGAAGCGACAGCGGCGAGAGCAGGGAACCUUCAAAGAAGAUCAUCCUCAAGACAAAGGAUUCCAAAUCGUCUCAAACCAUGGAUUCUAUCGAGCCUGGGGAUAACGAUUCGCAGCCGGCCCGCCGCCGGGGACCAGGACGCCCUCCCAAGGAUGGGAUCAUGUCCAAGCGCGAGCGAGCUGAGCUUGCCCGGGAGCAGAAAAUUGCUGCAAAACGCGAGGCCAACGGAGGGAUCACACCACCUCCACUCAAAGUGCCCAAGGCUGGGAAGACAGUUGCCAAAGAAUCUGUCGUUCCCGAGUCACCAACAAAUAAACCAAACGAGAAACGGAAGUACACCAAGAGGAAGAAGCUGGAUGGCACACCAAUGGAAUCUCCCCUUCCCUCAACGGAAGGUGGCCAGAUGUCUGCAGAGCCCCCGCAAGAAUACGUCAAACCCCCACCGGUCAAAAAGCGCAAACCAUCACGGUCACCAUCUCCCAAUUAUCCUCCGGAGUCUGCUUACAAUGCCGAGGAUCUGGCAAAGCCUCCGUACAACUACGCCGUUCUCAUCUUUGAUGCUCUGACGGAAGCCGGCACGCCAAUGACGUUGAAGCAGAUCUACCGUGCGCUGAAACUGAAGUAUCCGUACUUCCGCUUCAAGUGCGAGACUGAGGGCUGGACAUCCAGUGUACGGCACAACCUGAACGGCAACGGUCAUUUGUUCAUGCACGCAGAGCGAGAUGGCAAGGGUUGGUCAUGGCAGCUUAUUCCCGGCGCGUCAGUUGAGAAAGAAAAGAAACGACGCCCUUCGCCGCCGCCGCAGGUGUCCCACCCUCCUCCACCUGCUCCCCAGCAGUACAUGCCUCAGAUGUCUCACUCUUAUGCACCACCACCCCAGGGCCCACCGCCUGUGCCAAAUCCGCCACAGCAUUUCCAAUUCCCUUCCAUACCGCCUGCUCCUUUCCCGGCAUCUGUUAAUCACCAGCAUCAUCCGCCUCCAGGCCUCCCGGCCCAUUCUCACCCUCAACAACAGCAACACCCUGCUCAGCAAAACUCCGCACCAGGGCCACCAGAGUCAUCCUCGUUCAUUGACCGAGCGAACAAGGCAAUCGAUGACUUUGAAGCUGUUCUCAUGGAAGACUACGAGGACAAGAACUACAUCCGGGAAGUUCUCCGGAGUGCGCGUGCGCGCGUGUUGGGCGAUGCGCCAGAAAGCUCCUUCCCAGGCGGCGAGCCAAAAGACGAAGCCGUCAUCAUGGACGUGCUUCGCAAUUUGGUCGGAAGCCUGAAAGACGAGUGA